AAAAAUGGAUAAGCCAUUAACAAGAAAAUUAAACCGUAUAAAUGAGAUAUAAUUUAAAAGGACAGUCCACCAAUUAUUUCUCGGAUCUAUCUAGCUAUCUAAAUUUCUGUUGUACAAAGGCAUGUGUUGGAACAGGGGAGAAUUAGGUUACAUAUACAUUUUCUAAGAGUCUGUUAAAUAAAAAUCACAUUUCAUAAAUUUGUUUCUAAUCCCAUCAGAUUAUAAUUACUUGGAGGGAUAUCUUGAAUAAUUUCAUAAUAAUCUCAACUUUCAGUCUUGUUUUUCCAAAGUCUGUCAAAGAGACAAGCAAUGAUGCUGGUUCAGUCAGUGUAGAAAAAGAAAGACUGGAUGAAGGCGGUGAAUACGGUGCAUCAUUGAUAACAGUGGAAAUCAAUUUAAUGCAUUCAGCGUCCAAUGAAAUGUUUCAGUGAUCGUUUUGCUGCCAUCCCGUGGCCACACGUGUCCUGUAAACUUGUUGCGAUAUUGCACUAGCCCAAACAGCUAGCAGGUAGCUAAGUUAGCCAGUCAGUGGUAGUAUCCAUCAGCAGUCGGAGCUGUAGCAAAGAAACUCGAGCUCCGUCCACUCACAAAUGACAGGGACACCAACCCUACAAAUAUGCGCCAGGAUACUGACUGAUAUUCGGCUCCUUGGUUGUUCCUGUCGUCGUCGCUCCGUGAGGCCACCUCUCAUCUAAAAAAGCGCAGUACCUUGAGUCUCGGAUAUGGAUCCUGAACGACAGAAACGAAGAGAAGAGAUUCAGAAAGCAAUGAGCUUUAUCCAGUCAUCAUUGCCUUUCCCAGAGCCAGAGAGUUAUGAGGCAUUUCUGACCCAGCUGGUGUGUAACCUGCUGGACGAGGGAAAUUCUUGUUUCCGAGAUGGAGAUUGGCGGCAGGCAAGCCAGCAGUACGGAGAGGGGAUCAGUGUGGCCCGCUACGCCCAGGCCGAAGCCCUCGUCAUCCCCCACGAGCUGCUGGAGAGCCUCUACGUCAACAGGGCUGCUGCAAACUACCACAUGAGGGAGUAUGAGCGCGGCGUCCAGGACUGUGACAGUGCACUGUGUGUGUCAGAGGGCAGUCGCAGGGCGUUGUACCGCAGAGCGCUCUGUCUGAGGGAGAUGGGACGAUUCAGAGAGGCUUACGAGUGUGGAACCAAAUGUCUCCUCACGGCGCCACACGACAGGCAGGUGAGUGACCUGGCCCAGGAUUUAGCCAAUAAACUAGGCCUGAAAGGUCGUAAAGCCUACGUCAGCCCGCAGACAGAGUCCACGGCCACAGACGGGGAGAGCCAUUCAGAGACUUCCCAACCCACCGGAGAGAUGUCCUCCAAUGGGCUGGAAUCUCCAGCAGACCUUUCCAGUGCACAGUGCAUCCCUGCUCCCCUGGCCACGCCCAUCCCGGUCAGCGAUGACCCAGCAACCACCGUGGUAACCUCGUGCACGGACCUAUCGGAGAGCCCCAGCCAGGCCCUGCCUCCCAUGCCGUACUCUGUGCCAGUGUCAGAGCACAUGGAUGAAUGCAGCAGCAAUGUCAUGAAGGAAGAGCUGGACAGUCUGCUGGAAUGCAUGCCCAAGAAAGUUAGUGAAAGUCCAGUUCAGGGUGCUAUCCCCACCAACCUUCCCAACACGGCCGUCGGCCUCCGGCCUCCUUACUCGCCCAGCCUUCCAGCUCCGUCACCCCAGCUUCCUCCAGCCUUCUUCAGCCCCUCCAUGAGUGACAUGCCCCCCCUGGAGCCUUACAAUCCUCUGCGGGACCAGGGCUCCACCCAGGCGCAGGACGCACUGGGAGGCUUUCCCACAGAUGGAGACGGGAAUGCGGGAGUCGCCGCUGGCGGGCUCGACUCAUUGUCCGAAUACACUCUCCCUGGGGGACGAGUGUGUCACAGUUUCAUACCUGGAAUGCGUAACCACGGUGCUGCACACGCAAAUGGUCCAGCAGGAACCAACCUCUCUCUGCUCUCCAGGAAUCCUCUGGCAGCCACACAUGAGUUUCGGCAAGCCUGUCAUGCCUGUUACAGCCGAAUAGGUCCACGAGUGAUGGACUACAAGUAUCAGCCAGAGGCAGCACAUCGCUGCAAGAGGGAUGUGCUGCUGUGUCGCCUCAAAAACACAGACGACCCCACCUGGAAGAGGAUUCGGCCGCGGCCUGCACGGAACAACUUCCUGGGGGCAUUUGUUCUCUGUAAAGAGGUGCAGGAACGCCAGGAGUGCCAGUACGGGGAGAACUGUACGUUCGCUUACUGCCAGGAGGAGAUCGACGUCUGGACGCAGGAGAGGAAGGGCGCUCUGAGCCGAGAGCUGCUGUUCGAUCCGCUGGGCAGCACGGAGCGACGAGCGCUCAGCGUCACCAGACUGCUGCAGCUCCACAUGGGCAUGUUCAUGUUCCUCUGUGAGGAAUGUUUUGACAGUAAGCCACGCAUCAUUAGCAAACGCAGCAAAGAGAACUUGGCAGUCUGCUCAAACCUCACAGCUCGUCACUCGUUCGACGAUAACAAGUGCCUGGUGCACGUGGUGAGGUCGGCCAAUGUGCGCUACAGUAAAGUGCGUCCCCUGCACCCGCUCUGCCAGUUUGACGUGUGUCGCCACGAGGUCCGCUACGGCUGCCAGCGCGAGGACAGCUGCUCCUUUGCUCACUCUGUCAUAGAACUCAAAUGCUGGGUUCUACAGCAGGACACUGGCAUUACGCAUGAAGAGAUGGUGCAGGAGUCCAAGAGACACUGGCAGAGGCUGGAGCAGAAUGCACAGAAGCAGCAGAAGCCUCUCCAUAUACCCCAUCCAAGCAGCAGCGUACCUGCUGGAGGGCUGGGGGGAAUCGGGAGUGUGGGCGGAGUAGGAGGCGAUGGCUUAGGAGGGGGCGUGAGUCCAGUGGGAGGCUUAGGAGCAGGGGCGUGCAGAGGCCGACCCCUCAACCUGAAAAUGAAGUUUGUGUGUGGUCAGUGCUGGAGAGAAGGUCAAGUCAAUGAGCCUGACAAGAACCUCAAGUACUGCACUGCCAAGGCGCGACACAGCUGGACGAAGGAGCGCCGAGUCUUGCUGGUGAAAUCAUUUGAGAAGAAGAAGUGGGUUGUUGUUCGUCCUCUUCCCUUCUCACGCACCUAUCCACAGCAAUAUGACAUGUGUGUGCAUGUGAUGAAGCAGAAGAAGUGCCACUAUAUUGGAAACUGCUCCUUCGCCCACAGUCUUGAGGAGAGGGACGUCUGGACAUACAUGAAGAACAACAGCUUGAGAGACAUGCAACAGAUGUACGAACUGUGGCUGCAGCUCACCAACCAGAGCAGGCGCACGGACAACUCUGCCGUGACUCCACCCCCAGAGGACAAGCAGGUCACCAUAACAGCAGAUUACACAGAAGGCAUGGGAGGCCGGCGGUUGUCAGAUGGAGAAGACCUCUGAGUGUCGGUGUGUUGACUAGAGGCAGCUGAUCGCUGCUGAUCUGCAGACAGUGAGACAGGCCUGCCACACCAGCUACAACUGAGCAGGCUGUCACCUUGACGGUCUGACUCCCUCUAGCAUCUGGAGGGAGUGCAGUGAGAAAGCACUGACUGACACAAAAAUGGUUGGAACCCCACACUCGCAUAUAAAUAUACACACAAACAUGAACACACAAAUCACUGGCACUAAUAAACACCGAGAGAAAGCUUCGUCUGUAACGUACAGGACUUCAGCCGUAGAAACUUGUUUUAGGUCAUACUCGCAAAAGACACCUUUAGGUUCCCCUUCGGCAGAUUAUACCACAAAGAUUCCACAGACAACUAGUUUUGCUCUGACUAAAAUAAUCUACUUGUGUUUUGCCUGAGCCUUUGUGUCCACCAAACCCUUUCUUUUCCCCCUUUCUCGGCCUUGUAGCACUGAAACCGUUGUCGUGUGAGCGCGCUGGCCGCAGCUCUUAAUAUUUGCUUGGCAAUAGCUCAAGUCCCAAUUAAAGCUCUGCACUCUUACACUAAAAGUUUCAGUUUUAACUUUGGAGUGCCAAUCACGCCAAGCUCUCGGUGCAGUGCUGUUUAUGGCAGUCAUAAAUGAUGAAGUGGAGGUAUUGGGAAAACGAGGGUCUUGGUGGACACAGCUCGCUACAGACAACCAAAUCUUACUCUCCUUCCUUUGUGGGAACAUAGUGAGAGGGUCAAAAUAACUUUAUGGAGAUGGAUUUUGAGCAUGUUUUUUUUUUUUUUUUUUUUCUAAGGGGAGUUUAUGCUUCCUUGCUAUAUUGUCUGCCAUAUUGGUAGAGCGCUAUGAAUGUAACGCCUGCACGGGCCUUCAAAACGAGAAAAUUAGUCAUUUAAAACGUUGCUCUGGUGGAAUGUUUGUAAGUAUACUUACAUGCCCCCAAAAAACCUGUGAAACAUUAAAAUCCCCCUUUGAUAGAAAAACAAAAAGAUCACAAACCGCUCCUGUGAGAGAUGCGCUUUGGCAACGAGAUAAAAUAUAAAAUAUACAAGGCCUGGAGCAAUUGUUGCCGAAGCACUCGAGGGAGUAUUGACCCUAGAAUAUUUAUAAUAAUAUAGCUGACGAAGAUGUGAAGUGUAAGGGAGCUAGAAGGAAGUGACUCUGGCACGCAGCUGCUCUCCGCAAUGAGUCCGCUCAGACUGCAUUGAAAAAUAAUGACCUCACUUUGACUGAAGCGCGUUAAAAAUACUGACUGUGCAGAAUACCUGAGUUGCGGUGGGGGGAAAAAAUUUAAAUAAUUUAAAAAGAUGUGCAGCUGAACAAUCAUUUGAACAGAAAAGAUGGAUAUAGAUGAUUAAGAAUAUAUUUUUGUAGUUAAUGAGUGGAGGGUUUAAGGGUUGCUCCAUCUUGAAGCGUGGUCAUUAUUGCAGUAAAAAAAAUAACCAGGUCACACUCCCACAGCCUUCAGAUGAAAUCCUCACCUGGACCCUUAUGUCUUGAUAGAUCACAGUGGCCCCCAAAGAUAAACCUUUAGCUUGAGAAUGGAGAAACGUUUCGCACCACAUACUGUGCCUCUAAAACAACAGCUCAACACACACACACACACACACACACACACACACACACACACACACACACACACACACACACACACACACACACACACACAGGAGACCUGUUGCCAUCCUAUUCUAGCCUUUAAUGUGUGACAGAGACACGAUGGAGGUAUGUCUAUAUUCAGAUACACACAUAUUAUACAUAUUUACAAAUAAUGGUAUACUACUAAUAAUAAUUGAUAACUUAGCAGUUAAGCUUAAUAAAUAUAUAACCUGAAAACCUGUAUUGAUUACAUAGAUGAACUUCUUGUUAUUGAGGUAUUGCUAUAUGACAUGUAUCGCUGAACUAGAUGACUAUAGUGAAUUUUUUUUUUAUUUUAUUUUUUUAUUUUGAAGAUUCUUUUUAUUUUGAAAAGUUUCCUUCUGUGUGGGUCGUUCCAGACGGGGCCAUCGGAGGGAAUCGCAGCAGAGGCUGAUUCAUUUGAUUCAAUUACUGAAUGGUUAAAUCAUGCAAAUCACCCAACUUAAGUCCUUCCCCACCCCUUUUUUUUUUCUUUCACAAUGUGAAAUUUAAGUUUUGAGUAAUGGAAUAAAUAAGAGCAUCUUUGGCUCAGUGCUUGAAAAUCAAAUAAUGUUUAAUUGAAACAGCGCUGGUGAAUAGAAGAGGCAUUUUAUGUUAAGAAAAGUCUUUUUGCAGUCCCUCCAUUUUGGUCUGUGGUCAAACAGAAUAAAAGAGAAUUGGCUGCGGUGUCUUAAAUAUGCAGUUCCUGAAAAAAAAAAAGAAAAAGAAUCAUGAAUACCUAAGCAGAAUUUAGAAAAGCCCAAGCGUAUAAUGCUUGGCACUCGACAGCAGUUUGUUCUUCGGCGCCACUACGCCCUUGUCUGGAACAACCCAGGUAUUAGCUUCUUUGAGGGAUCGUAUUACUCCUAGUAUUAUGAUGAAUAUGAUGACUAUAAUGAUUGCUGUCUAUUGACUAUUUCUAUUUCUCUUCUAUAUGCUAUUGAUAUAUGUAUGUUAAUUGCAAUGUAUAACUCUCUCUUUAUAUAUGUAUCCAUGUAUGAGUAUAAUAAUUAACCGUAAAUAUGCGUCUGUGUAUGCGACGGUGCACAGCUCUGUCUGGGAGGCAGUGAGCAGAAAAAAAACGUCCGUGUUUACUGUACGUUUCUAAAAUCCUACAGGGUCGGUUGAUGUUGUCAGUAGUACGAGGCUGCUGUAUAUUAAUGUUGUCUGAGCUCCAUUUGUAAAGGGAUAAAAAAAACAAAAAAAAACAAAACAAAAAGAUGAGUUAAUGAUUGAAGCAUAUAUGCUGUAAACUGCUUGUUCCUUCACAGUGUCUCGGUUAGAUCCCAGCGUCCGAGCUCGCUGCUCACUGCCUGUGCUCUGAGUUUAUGUUUGAAUCGAUUCACCAGGCAAGGACAGAUCUGGAAACAAAAGCAUACAUAGAGGCCUAUAUACUCACGUAUAGCGCCUUAUUCUAUAUACUACACCUAUAAGAUGAUACAUACCCCUAUUGUAUAAUCCUGCUUACUAUAUACAGUAUAUGAUACCUGAUACCUAUUAUAAUACUUAGACACCCUUAUAAGGUAAUUUAGAUAAGAGAUGGUGGGCUGUCUUUUUUUUUUUUGUUUUGUUUUUUUGUUUGUUUUUUUAUGGCUGUGCAAAAGCGUGCUGUGGUCAGAAAUGUGUCCCCAUCUGGUUUUUUAGGGAGUUAACAGUUGUGAGGAGAAGGAUGCCCACUCUAAUGCUCAUUCGGGUGUUCGGGAUAUUUACAAAGCAGCUGGAAAAUGUACAGCAGCCACCAAGCAAAGGCUGGCACAAAAAAAAAGCUUGUAAACCAAUUAAAGGCUGGAAUUUAGUUUGAAAGAUUAGAUUUUUGGCUGGAGGGUGAAUUGAUGUGAGAACAAAGGCUGUACAGUCAAAAAAUUGAAACCACUGCCUUUAAAUACCAGUUAACCGUUGAAGCAAAAAGAAGAAAAGAAAAUAGAGCAUCUGAGGUUGAGGCUCCUCUUCCAGCGUAGGACCAGAUUUAUUGAUGUAACUCGAAUCAUGACACAAACUUGUCACGGAGGCUUGUUGCUGCUACACUUUCCCCGAUCAGCUCUAUAAACUCGGAUGUGAUUACACAUUGUGUACUUUUACUUUAAACGGCACCGUUGAUGCCAUUAUGACUGAAGACUUUUGAAGGCAGAGGGCUUUUAACGCGAUUAUUGAUAAAUGUCCUCAGAUGUGGAAGAGAUUUUUUUGCAUUUUUUUUGCUCGGCUUAACGGCCUCCACUGCAAGAUCAAUGCAGUGUAAGACGUAGAUAUUGAUAAGAUGGAUGUAUCUGACUGGAUUUAAUAUCCUUUUCCACAUGAAUACAAUAGUUCUCAAUGAAAUCACUCCCAUAUAUCGCAUCCCUUCACCUGUGACCUUUUAAGUGCUCUGAGUGGGUCAGCGUUGGCACACACACAUGCGCCUUUUUUGGUCAUCGUCAGAGCGCUAUUUUUUCCCUCACAGGCCCUCGCUAAUUUCUAUAAAUACUUUUUUUUUUUUUUUUUUUUUUUUUUUUGGCGACAGACAUCAAAUAUUUGCUCUGGAUAAAUCAACCACGGCAAAAUGUGACAAUUUGUGUUAAUUUAUUCAUUAAAUUGGUCAUUCCUUUAAGAUUCUCUGCUUUGGCCUGAUUUAUAUAAACGUCACUUUACUUUGUCUGUUGUGACAAAAGUUCUGUUUUCUCUCAGAGUUUGUGAAUCAGUUCUGCUGCAGCUUAAUAAUGUUGAGUUUCGGCUCGAGAAAUAUUCAUGUGACACCCAGCCCGCCCUGCAUUCUCUCACCCCCCCUCCUGCCCCGGUACAGUUUGUGUCAUUUGAUCCGCAGCACCGACGCACACGCCCACACAGCCUCAAAAGAUCUUAAUGAAUCGGUUUUCAGUAAGUUAGAAAAGGAUCGGAUAUAUCAGUUGUUUUCAACACGUUCAAUGAAGAAACCAGGGUUGUUGGGAGUGGAAAAAACAAGGCCUCUUUUUGUACUGUAUUUUUACAUUUGGUUGUUUUACGUUUAGUUUUUUCCUCUCGACUUUGUUUUCUCUUUUCUCCUUCCUGGUUGGAAAUUCAAGAUCACACGUGGACCAAAUCUCUUGAAAGCAUUUAAUAAACUGUUUUAGAAAAAAAAAAAAAAAAAAAAGAAACCCCUGUGUUUUACAUUCAUCAAAUUGCGCAGUUCACAUUGCGAUGGUGGGAAUGCUAAUUACAUGACUGAAUUGAGGGGACGGGAUGUAUUAAAAACCUGUCUGACAGUA